GUCUCGGCGAAGAUGGCGUCAAGUCGGGGACGAGCUUCGGGCCAAGCAUCGCACAGGAUGUUGUUGUGUCACUAACAAGAUGCGCUGCCGCCCCGAACAAGAAGCGUUUCGAGUUGUUGGCUUCACGGUGGCGUGUCGCCGCGGCGCGCCGCUUGUGUCGGGGCCUAGUCGGGCGUCUGUCGGUCUUGUGCCACGCUGACAUUGAUUCUGAAGCUCGUUAGCGGCUAGCCUCCAGCUAACCUGCUAGCUAAUUCAGCAAGUCAGGUCUCUGACAACAACAUUAGGAUGCGCUGAUUGCUGUCCCCUUCCUGGGUGACACUUGGAAGCAUCCCUUCGUGCUUUUAUCAACGGGAUUUGCUGAGAGUGGAGACUGGCUAUGGAGUGGUCUUGGCUUCAGACCGGAUGACAGGGUCUCCUCGGAGGACUGGGUUGUAGCGCUUCCUGAACAGGAAAAUCACUGACUGACAGCGAUGUCAGCCCCUCCCAUCUCUAGUCUACAUCACCCUCUCCUUGAGUGACUCCUCUCCUCUUGUCGUUUGCUGCAAAUUGAUGCGACCUUGACCCUUCACUCUCUUGCUGUCGGGUCCGACAUGAGCUGGCUGAGCAGGUUAAACCCACGGGCUCCCGGCGGCCGUCCGGGUCGGGGCGCCGCCCAGUCGGCCCCCUGCACGGCGGACCCGGAGACAUGUCUGAUGGUGUUUGAGAACCACUGGAGACAGGUGUCACGUGUGCUGGAUCAGAGCGAGCCGUCAUCCUCCACUGAUGACCUGAUCGCGGUCAGGAACCACACCGAUCAGAUGCUGUGUCUGCUGGCCGAGGAGCGACCCGUCGAGGCUUCGGACGGCGCCGCCAACAAGCGAGUGGCGGGCCCCAUACUGAGCUUGGUGGUCAGCCAGGACAUUCUGGAGUGUCUGGUCCAGUGGCACCUCCGCCGCGGCCUGGACCCAGACAGCCAGGGGGCGCUGCUCAAGCUGUUUGAGAUGCUCAUCGGCCAAUCACAGCAGCCCUUGCUGCAGCACGUGGCCGUCCUGCACCCCCUGCUCAGGCUCCUGGGAGCCUGCGCCGACCCGGAACUGGGUUGUCCCGCUGCCUUGGAAAACAGUCUGGUCCUGCUGCUCAACCAGAUCUGCGUGUCCAUGGCCCGGCAGCCUGUGCUUCUGGAGAUGUUGUUCCAGGCGACGCCUGUCCAGCAAGGAUCCACCAACCUGCUGAUCUUCUCUCUCCUCGUGCCCUUCAUCCACCGCGACGGCGCCAUCGGACAACAGGCCAGGGACGCCCUGUUGCUGGUCAUGGCCACCUCGGCCAGCAACGACAACGUGGCUCGCUACAUCGCAGAGAACUCCUACUUCUGCCCGGUGCUGGCGACCGGCUUGAGCGCGCUCUACUCGUCUCUACCCCGAAAGAUCGAGGUGCGAGGGGACGACUGGCACGCCCUGCGGCGUGAGGACUGGAUGGCCGUGUCCUCCCUCGUUCUCUUCAUGAACUCUCUGGAGUUCUGCAACGCCGUGGUGCAGGUCGCUCAUCACAUGGUGCGCUCCCAGCUCCUGGACUACCUUCACAAUGGCUUCCUGGUUCCUGUCAUGGGCCCCGCUUUGCACAAGUCAUCAGUGGACGAGAUGAUAGCCAGCACCGCCUACCUGGACCUUUUCCUGCGCAGUGUGAGCGAGACGGCCCUCCUCAAAACCUUCCUGCGAUUCAUCCUGCUGCAUCGUCUUGACAACGACUCCAUCUUGGACACACUGCUCACGCGCAUCAGCAGCAACUCCAGGCUCUGCAUGGUGUCCCUGAGCCUCUUCAGGACUCUUCUGUCCUUCAACUGUGAGGACAUCAUGCUGCAGCUCGUACUCAGGUACCUGCUCCCCUGCAGCCACGUCAUGCUGAGUCAGCGGCGCGCCAUCAGAGAGGCAGACAUGUACGGAAAGUGCGCGGACAAGUUCCUGUCUCUGAUCCCUGAGUGCUGCCGUCUGAUUGUGGCGACAUCAGCAGAGCGGGACGAGGAGACUGCAGUCAGGGGCAAAGUGCUCAACAACGCGGGGGCGGAGUCCCCGGCCCCGCACAGGCCCGCCACACCAUCUCGUUUGGCUUUCUUUAUUCGCCAGCAGAGUAGUGGAGGCGGGUCAGGAGGUGCCCCUACCCCUCCCAACACGGAGCCUCCACAGCCUGGCACCCCCAUUUCAUACAGCCCCGAUAGCCCCAUGCACCCCCAGCAGCUUGACAGUCUGGAGUGGGAUUCGGGGUACCUGGACUACCUGAAAGACGCCCGGCAAGGCAUCGAGCUUUGCUCCUGGGCUUGCCGGGGUUGGUCGGCGCCCUACGACGGUGAAAACCCCUCCCCAAGCACGGCGCCGCCGCCCCCACCCCCGCCCACCUCCAACCCCUCCAUGGCCAUGUUCCCCGAGCACUUCUCCUUCCAGCCUGGAGGAGGCAGCAGCGCAUCACUGGGCCAGCAGAGGGCAGCCAUCGUGGCUGCGGCCCGCUCCGAGUGGAGCAGCUCUGACCGAGACAGCGGCGAGUGGGACGUGACUAUCGGCCAAAACAACUGCAUCAGCCUCACGCCGCGCUCCAAGAAGCGCAGUCUGCAGCGAGAAGAGGUCCUCCCGAAACCCGUGCCCCCUCUCGUGUCCUCCUCGUCUCCGGUCCCUGCCGCCACGCCAGCGCCUCACAAUCCUGCCGCAAUUUAUAACGGGACGGGGGAGGGGUGCUCGGGUCACGAGGUAAAGAAGGUAAAGCGAGACUUGGGCGACCAGCAGUUUUUGGACGAGAACGCCAAUCAAAAUGGUUCUGUGGUCACGUGCUCCUCCCAAGGCCAGCAGUCCUUAUUUAACAAGAUCGACACCACUGACGCCAAAUCUGCUUCUCCCGCGCCUCCGUCGGAAACCGACGACGCCUCAGACCUGAACUGGGCACCCUCGUGCGAUAGCGGGCGCUCAGUGCAGAGUCUCAUUGAGGAACUUCUGGAGCAAUCUCCGGAUGAGACGCACGUCCCCGAGGACUCUAACGGUGAAGGCAUCAACAUCGAGGCGUUCACGGAAGAGCUGAGAGAGCUGGAGGACCGUGUGACUGCGCGCAGUGCCGCAGCCUGCCUGCAGGUGGAGUCCAACGCCAAGUCCCCAAGUGAGGAGCGGCAGGAGCAGGAGCAUCGACCGGAAGACAAGAGGGAAUCUGCUGGAACUGCCGUCUGCAGUCCCGCUAGACCGCUCAAUGCACCCUCAAGUCAGCCGUACACGGGUCCGUUCGUGGUGGUUCUGCUCAGCAAGCUGGAGAACAUGCUUCAGAACUCUCUGUAUGUCAACAUCCUGCUGACCGGCAUGGUGGCCCAGCUGGCCUGCUACCCUCAGCCGCUCCUGCGCUCCUUCCUGCUCAACACCAACAUGGUCUUCCAGCCCAGCGUCAAGUCUCUCAUCCAGGUUUUGGGUUCUGUGAAGAAUCGCAUCGAGGCCUUCGCAGCCUCCCAUGAGGACUUCCCCUCCAUGCUGAGGAAAGCCCAACUGUACCUGGUGGCCCGCGGGAAAGUAGACUGGGCCGAGCCGCCUGGCGCCGUCCCUCCCCUGCGGCGCUCUGACUCACUAGUCAAGAGCCGCAAGUCGUCUCUCAGCGACCUGAUCCUUCGCCACACCAACAGCCCCACCCGGACUCGAAACGCCGCCCAGAUGGCGCUGGCGCACGUGCGCGUCGGCGGCCAAACGCUACACAGCGCUCUGUUCCGCGGCGGCGGGGGAAGCGGCCCCGCCUCCAAUCUGGAGAAGCAAGCCGAGGCACUGCGCGUGAAGAACGCCGUCUACUGCGCUGUCAUUUUCUGCGAGUUCCUCAAGGAGCUGGCUGCCCUCGCUCAGGAGCACGCCGUGGCUCUCCCCUUUGGCGGCACGGAGGAGUAGGCGCCGUCCGCUCGCCAUCGUUAAACAAUGGCCACUGGAUUGGGGACAUGAACUACACACCAAAAGACUUGUAUUAUAUUAUUUACACUACAGGCCCAACCUUUCAGCGUUGUCCGCCUACAAAAUAAGAGCGCACUCGGUUAGUGCUUAUCAAGGUCUUCAGUCAAUUACUGUGGAAAUGUCUUUUAACGCCUCUUUUAAAGAUCCUCCGUGUUCCAUACACGCUUUUUUUUACUUUGAAAAGCUGCGCGAUUGACCAUUGAACGCCGAGCACCUCAUAUGUGCGUCUUUUUAUUCAGGAUUGUAACAAAUAUGUCCAGUUUACAACACUCUACAUUGCCACUUAGAACCGGUUAGAAUUCGUCGUGUUUUGGCUUGUUUGUCCGGUGCCACCGCUUCCUCGCUCUAGCCUUAAGUGCGAACUGCUUGCAACAUCUUCAUGAUGAUGAUCCUCUAGCUUAGACAAAAAGUUGGCACGGCUGGUUCAGAUUUUAUUUUCAAAGGGAAAAAAAAGAGCUUUUAAGACUUUUAUUUCUAAGAACGUAAUGUUUGUUACGGGCAUUUGAACUUCCCAAAAUGAUGUCUUCCUGGAGGUGAACCGUUUGUUACUUUCAACUGAUGAUUUUUCUUGCUAAAAAGAGGCCUGCCAGUACAUGUCACAUGUAUUCAGUUGAAAAUGUCAAAGGCAAAAAGAGGAUUUCACAACAAGCAGCUGCCGAAAAGAUAAUUGUAGUUCUCCUAGCGGCCCCUCGAGGGCGACAUUACUGUAAAGUUUUUUUGUUUAUUGGUCUGCGGUACAUUCCAACAAACAACUUGGAAAAAGGGCACACAAUAACACGUCAAUUGUCACCAAUAUUAAAAUUGCCCCCCAUUAUUUUUUUUAUGGUGGAAAAAUCUGGACUCUUUGACACAAUAUUGACAAACUACUUAUUUGCCAAGUAUAAAUGUUAUUUGCAGGGCAGUUUUUUGAAAACCAUUUUUUAAAAAUUGCUUUUAUGCCAUGUUUGAGGUUUUUUUUUGUGCGUGUGUGUGAGGUUUUGUGAAAUUGGAACUAUGCAAAACCUGCCGGCAUCGUCCCCUGUUGGAGGCCAAACACACCAACAUGAUGUAAAAUGUAAAUGGUGUACAAACAAAAUAUGUUGUAGGGGCCAGCAUCAGGACAUGAAUCAUGCUGAAAGAAUGUUACCAAUAUUUUUAUAUAUUAUCACAGUGUGUGUGUGUGUGUGUUGGGGGCGGGGAGCUGUCACAAGAACACUAAAGGGAAUGUUUUUAUUAAUUUAUAAAGUCAUUGUCAGCAAUA